CCUCCGCGGCUGCGGGAGGCUCCGGGGCCGCAGCACCGCCCGCCGCCGAGCCGGCGCUUCCGCGGGAGGGGGAGCUCCGCAGUGCCCGGCUGCACCAGGCAGCGCCGGCAGCGCCCGGCGGCGGCGGCGGCAGCGGCGGCCCCGGCCCGGGCAGCAUGGGCGCCUUCGGCCUCGCGCUGGGGGUCUUCCACUGCCUGGGGCUCUACGUCCAACUCGGCGGGUCCUCGCGGCCCCCGCCCUGGGAGAACCACGUCCCGGGCAGCGCCCUGUUCACAGAGACCCCGCACGACAUGACGGCCCACGCCGGGGAGGACGUGGAGAUGGCCUGCUCCUUCCGGGGCAGCGGCUCCCCCUCCUACUCGCUCGAGAUCCAGUGGUGGUACGUGCGCAACCACAGGGACUGGACGGACAAACAGACAUGGGCUGCCAGCCAGAUAAAAGCAUCGCAGCAGGAAGAAGCCGGGAAGGACGCGACAAAAAUAAGUGUGGUGAAGGUGGUCGGCAGCAACAUCUCGCACAAGCUGCGCCUGUCGCGGGUGAAGCCCACGGACGAGGGCACCUACGAGUGCCGGGUGAUCGACUUCAGCGACGGCAAGGCCCGGCACCACAAGGUCAAGGCCUUCCUGCGCGUGGCACCGGAGGAGAGCGCCGCGCCGCGCCGCCACGGCUCCUCCUCCGCCCACCUGCAGGACACGCAGCUGCUGGCCGCCCCGCCGGCCGAGCCCGCGGCCCACCUGCACCACCACCACAGGGCCGGCAAGGAGCUCAAGAAGCGCUCGGCGGACGCCUCGUGCCUGCUGUAGACUGACCGCGGCGGCGUGGGGCGGCCCCCUCCCCACCCCGGGCCGUGCCGCGCCGGGGGGCAGGCGGGGCCACGCCGGAUGCUCACGUCCCCCCGCUGCCCCCACUCGACCCGCACACGCAUGACCCCCCUCGGCCACGCACACACGUGUUUUUUUAGUUUCCUCCUAACCCCUGGAGCGCGGGCGAGCUGACUCCAGGACUCGCGGCAGCUCCGGGACGGGGGGACCCAGGGGCCACCUGCCCGCACAACGUGGCCACGUAUCGCGCCCCCAGACUGCCCCUGCCCCGGCCCUUCCCCUGCAUCGCUCGCCUCCUCUGCUUCCAGCACCCCGGGGCUCUCCGGGGGCCAGGAGGCCUGGCAGCCGGUCCCUCUUGCUGCGCCCGGCGAGACCCGGGGGUUUCCGUCCGGUCCCGUCCCGCCACGUCCACCCCGGCCUCUUGUAAAUAGCUUCCCUCUCCCUGCCCCAGCCGCCCCCAUGCACCUCGUGCCCCCCUCGCCCUGGGGUCAGGCCCUCCCGGGCACCGGGGGAGGAGGGCCCGUGCCUCCAAGGCGGGCAGUGGUCCAGGACCCCCGUUUGCCGGGGAGACGGGGCAGGAGACACCAGUCCCCUUGGAGACGGAGCCGUGCCCGCGGCAGAGGCUGGCGGUGGCGCCUUUGCAGCUCGUGGCACGCGGGCAGGGGCUUGGCGGGCCGUGGCUGCACCCAGGGGCUCUGGCUCCUGAAGACACCGGCAGCUGCGCAGCGGGCAGCGCUGCUCAGUGGCUCGAGCCGGCCCCUCCUCGCCCGGCACCGGCGGGCCGCGGGCUGGGCACGCCUGGAGCCGGGGGGCAAGCGCAGAGGGCCGAGCCCCGGCCUGGUCCCCGCGCCGCGUGUCGUGUACAUACCCGUUUGCUAGCGAUGUCUGCAGGGAGGGCGAGCGGCUCCCACAGCCGGGGGCCAAGGGUGGCGGGCGCUGCGCUCUCACUGCAAACUCCCCACGCACAUGAUCCAACCUGUGAUUCAGACCUGCUGAAGCGAAUAAAGCUCCUUAAACGGA